AUGGCGUACAAUUUAUCUGUGCACAAAAGUGGUUUGAGACGGAGAUCGUCAACGAGCAGUGUUAAGAAAUUACUUUUAGAUGAUUACGAUGGAUAUUCUAGAGAGGAAAUUGAAAGCUCCUUCGGGAUGCGACACGUCAUCAUCUUUCUUCUGUUCCUCUCGACUGUGACGUCAUAUGCCACUAGGGUCAGCAUGAGUCUCGCGAUCGUCGCCAUGACCAAGCCAAACGAACACGGAUUUCCGGUGUUCGAGUGGGAGCAGAGCGUUCGUGACACUAUCCUUUCGUCCUUUUUCUGGGGCUACAUCGUCCUUCAGAUACCAGCUGGUAUGCUUGCUGGCAAAUUUGGGGGGAAGAUGCUGAUCUUCGUGUCUAUGUUGAUUACUGGAAUUAUUAACCUCUUCACACCACUGUUAGCGACCCAGGGUGACUGGAUAGCAGUCUGUGUUUGCCGGAUCCUGAUGGGCCUCGCUCAAGGUCUACUUUACCCCAGCAUUCAUGGAGUAAUUGGACAAUGGGCCCCCCUAUCAGAACGAAGUCGGAUGGGGACUAUAGUUUAUUCCGGAUCUCAACUAGGUACCAUUAUAGAGAUGAUGGUGGCCGGCUGGUUAUCUGAGAGCAUUUGGGGAUGGCCUUCCGUCUUUUACAUAGCUGGUGUGACGUGUCUGGUCUUCUCUGUUUUAUGGUACAUUUUCGGGGCAUCAACACCUGGUACCAGCAGGUGGAUCUCCAAAGAGGAGAAGAAAUUCAUCGAACUAAGCGCUGGUGCGACAGAUAUAAGCGAACAAAAGAAAGUCGCAACUCCUUGGAAGGAUAUCUGGACGUCACUACCGUUUUGGGCGAUACUGCUCGCGCACUGUGGACAAAGUUUGGGAUUCUGGACACUCCUGACCGAAAUGCCUUCGUACAUGGACAAAGUGCUGGGUGUCGCUAUUAAAAACAACGGCAUCUAUUCAGCUCUACCAUACUUGGCCAUGUAUAUCCUAAGCUUCGUCUUCAGCUGGAGUGCUGAUUUCUUGAUAAACAGAAGCAUCCUCUCACAUGGAACAACAAGGAAGAUCUUCAAUACAAUUGCUUUUUGGGGCCCAGCUGCUGCUCUCUUGGGCUUGUCGUACAUCCCAGCUGGGCACGUUCCUCUGGCCGUUGCUAUGCUGACUGUCACUGUGGGAUUGAAUGGCGCACAUUAUGUUGGGUUCCUGAUUUCCCACAUUGACCUGUCUCCAAACUUUGCCAGCACCCUGAUGGGGAUCACCAACGGAUGUGGAAAUAUCUUCUCCAUCAUGGCGCCACUAAGUGUAACCCUCGUUGUAAAGGAUGAACACUCGGCGUCAGAAUGGCGGAAAGUCUUCUUCCUCUCCGUCGGUUUCUACUUCUUGAGCAACCUGUUCUUCUUGUUGUUCUACUCCGGGACGAUUCAACCCUGGAACGAGCCCAAACUCAAGAGAAAUAUUGAGGACGGUAUGAACGAAAAAGAAGAUAAGACAUCUAACGAAAUGAAGAGAAUCGGAGACGAAAAGUUAUAG